UCCUUUGACUCUCUCUCUCUCUCUCUCUCUCUCUCUCUUCGUGCUGUUCUUAGUCCCAUGUACAGACAAAUGACCGCUAUAUAGAUACAUAACCACACCAAGAAUUCACCUCAGAAAAAGCAAAGCUGCAAUGCAAAUCUAAGGGAAUGACAUUUCUUCCAUUUACCUGAGGAAGUGACAGUUUCUGUGGCCCUUGCAGGCAAAUGGCUCGGCAACAACAGCAGGUGCAGAUUGAAGUUCUCCUCCGCAAGCUCACGUCAGUAAACCCCGAAGACCAAGGGUCUGCUGCGGCUGAAAUCCGCCUUCUUGCCAAAGGUAAUGCAGAUAAUCGUGUGGCUAUUGCUGAAGCUGGUGCAAUACCCCUGCUUGUAGGCCUACUUUCAACCCCAGACUCCCGCACCCAAGAGCAUGCUGUGACAGCACUCCUCAACCUUUCCUUAUGUGAAGAUAACAAGGGAAGUAUCAUAUCCUCUGGAGCAGUUCCUGGUAUUGUUCAUGUUCUCACGAAUGGAGGGAUGGAAGCACGGGAAAAUGCAGCUGCGAUCCUUUUCAGCCUUUCUAUUGUGGAUGAAAAUAAAGUUAUGAUUGGCGCUUCGGGAGCCAUUCCGCCACUUGUUACAUUGCUGAGUGAAGGUACCCAAGGGGGGAAGAAAGAUGCUGCAAUUGCACUUUUUAACUUGUGCAUUUAUCAUGGUAACAAGGGGAAGGCAGUAAGGGCCGGUGUUGUUUCGACCCUAAUGAAGCUGCUGACAGAACCUGGAGGCGGAAUGGUGGAUGAGGGACUGGCCAUUCUAGCUAUACUGUCUAGCCACCCUGAAGGGAAAGCAGCCAUUGGAGCUGCUGAGGCAGUGCCCGUUUUGGUUGAAGUUAUUGGUACUGGAUCUCUCCGAAAUAGAGAAAAUGCAGCUGCGGUUUUGGUGAAUCUUUGUUCUGGAGACCAACAACGUAUAGUAGAGGCUCAGGAACUCGGGGUGACGAGUUCGUUAUUGGAGUUGGCACAAAAUGGCACAGAUAGAGGAAAGAGAAAGGCUGCACAGUUACUUGAGUUAAUGAAUCCAUUUGCUGAGCAGCAGACGGCAGACGCAGACGCAGACGCAGACGCAGACGCAAGCCGAGGUUCAGUCUGAGACCCAGUCACAAACCCCACAACCUAUCUAUUCGAGGGAAACCUCACAAAAGUAUAACAAAUAUGUAUUGUUAUCAAGUUCGAAAACAUAAUUUUCUUAACAAGUGCUUCUUUUAGAAGCGCUUUUAGUGGUAUGUGCUUCUUCAGAAAACACCAAAUAAUGUUUUUAGAAUUCAGUACCACGUACUAGUUAUCGUUUUUAUAGAACAAUACAAUCUCUUUUGGUUAUUCGGAA